AUGGCAACAUUUCGAUCUGCACGAGAUGAUGAAGACGAAGUCUUGGGACGAGGGCACCAACUGGGAGCUGAACGUUUCCGAACCGUUACCAGAAAUACCGGCGACACAAUCUACAUCAGAGUGUCUGUCACCCGCAUCUGCGACACGUAUGUGCGCUUCGAUCGUGCUCUCUUCCCUCUGAUACGUAAGAUCGGCGGCAAGACAGAAGUAGCACUAGCACCAGGAACCGACACUCCAGUCGCAGUAUGCUGCUUCCUGCCGCCAAAACUCAGACCGGGGGCAUACUUUCUGUUCAUGUCUGGAUGGCUCUCUGUGCUUCUUGCACAAAGUGUAACGACAACAUAUCGGUUCCAGCGCGGAUACCUGAAAGGCGAGAAGAUGUGGCAGAGGCUUGGCGAGCCAGUCGAUGAUGGGACGUAUGUGUUGAUCUUGGGGACGGAUCCGAGGCAUGCUGGGCAUGGGUAUGCUGGGAAGCUGCUUCAACAUGUGCUUGAGCAACAUGAGAAGGCGCAUCCCGGGGUGCCGGUGUAUCUUGAGACUGCCACAGAUCAUGCGCAGAGGGUUUAUGAGCGGCUUGGGUUUCAGGAGAUGUGGCGAGAGCAGGAGAAGCAGCAGAAAAUGGACCAAUCACCACUGAACAAGCUCCCAGCAGAGUUGCGCAACCGGAUCUACGAGCUGGUGCUGCCACGGCCGGGACCAUGUCAAAUCAGGAAGACAAUCUACAGGAAGUCAAUUUACGGAGAGCAGGAAGCAGAGCAGCCAGCGAUGACACGCACAUGCAGACAGAUUCGCCACGAGAGCCUGACGAUGUUCUACGCAAGCAGAGACUUCUGCGUCAACAUCAUUGAGCCGCAAGAUUCAACUUGUUACUACACUAACCUCGUAGAGCGUGACUUCCAGCAGAAGAUCAGUAUCUUCAAGACAUGGCUCGAGUGCACACGAACUCAUCAUAGCGCGAUUCAACUCCUGAGUCUUCGCAUCGAGAUGAAUGAGCGCGCAUUCAGACAGGUACAAAAAGGCUACAGGAGCGCAACCAACGAGCUUGGACAUCUGCUAUUGCAAUACGGUUUUCAACAUCCACGGCUUCGCAUCACCAUCAUCACCGAUGCUGAAGACAGUAGCCCGCAAGAGAGGCGCGCGCACCGCCAGGAACUGUUGCAGCACGACUACAAAUCACUGCUCGAAGUUCACGAGAAGGCGGUGAUCUUCGUCUCACGAGGAUAUCACCAAUGA